AUGAUUGUGAUAUACAAGAAAAUCAAGAAACGCAAUGAGCGGAAACGCUUGAAUUCUGCAGUUCCAUACUGCCUACAAGCCCUAGAUACAACGAUCAUAGCCUCAGCUCUACCAUUCAUCGCAGAGGAUUUCAACCAAAUCAAACAACUAAACUGGAUAAUCUCCGUCUUCAACCUCACAUCAGCCGCCUUCCUCUUCUUCUGGGCCCAGCUAACCGACCUCUUCGGCCGCCACAUCAUCCUCCAAUCCGCAAUCUUCAUAAUGAUGAUCGGCUCCGCAGUCUGCACCGGCGCCCCAACAUCAUCAUUCAGCGUCCUCCUCCUCGGCCGGGCUCUCCAAGGCAUCGGGGCCGCAGGCGUCAACAUCUCCAUCCGCACCAUCCUCGCCGACCGCGUCUCCCUCGCCGAAUACGCAGUCAACUGGACCGUUUUCGCCCUCGUCUCCGGCAUCGGAUUCAGCAUCGGGCCCGUGAUAGGCGGGUAUCUGACGCAGGCGUCGUGGCGCUGGUGUUUCGCGAUCAAUCUUCCCAUCGCAGUUGUCGCAAUGGUUGUUGUCGUUCUCGUUCUGCGGACGGAGUUACAGGGUCCGCAGACUAUCCCCGAAAUAGAAGACAGAGGUAUCUCGACUCGGUCUGGUCGGUUCCUUGCCAGAAUAUCGACUAUCGACUACGGUGGCCAGAUGCUCUUCCUUUGGGGAUUUGGUCUGCUUAUUCUCGCUUUGACGUGGGCGGGUGGUACGUACUCGUGGAGAUCCGUCGCCGUCCUCGCGCCCAUGGUUAUCGGUGCUGUUCUGGCCAUUGCUUGGGUCGUCUAUGAGCGCUGUAUGGUGCCUGGCGCGUUAAUGGCACGGGUCCUCCCGCGUCAAAAGGCUAUGGUGCCGUGGGAAUUACUGAGACAGCGCGAUAUCGGCUUGUUGUUUCUGAUUAAUUUCUCGAUCGGGAUAGCCAUGUUUGCCGUUAUGUAUUUUAUGGAUAUAUACUUUACGCUCGUGGAAGGGAGGAGCUCUAGCGAUGCUGGUAUCGCUCUGCUAUUUUUCCUUCCUGGUCUUGCUGCUGGACUUUACAUGGCAAUGUUCUCCUCGAACGUCUGGCCCCGACAAACCUUCCCAGCCCUCUUUCUGGGCAGUAUAACGUCUGCUGUAGGGAUGACUGUGCUGGCAUGGGGCGUGCAAGCAGGCAGAACAAACCUCAUCUACGGCAUGAUGGCGCUAGUUGGACACGGGGUCGGGAUGAGAAUGAACCCGGCGUCUAUGCAUGGAUUGGCGUAUUUCCCUACUAUGACGGCGCAGAUUACGUGUCUUGCUUCGUUUGCGGUUCCGUUUGGGGGACUGUUGGGAUUGACUAUUAUGUCGACGGUGUUUACGAAUAAGAGUGGGGUUGGGCAGACAGAUGCUAAAGAUGGUGUUAUGUGGGCUUUUAUUGCCAUGAUGCCGGUUAUGUGGCUGUCUGUUUUGAUUACUACUUUCCUUGGGAAUGUGUGGAUCUUGAAGGAGGGGGGUCAUGAGGUUGUUAAUGGUUCUUAUCUUUGGGGUUUGGUAUUUGGGAGGGAUAUUGUGAGAGAACGGAGGGAUUGGGGGAGGAGGUGGGGGAUGUUGAGGGGAUUGUUUAGAGAGAUUAUAUACAGGGCUUGA